AUGGAAAUUUAUAAAUUAACCAAUGUACCUGAUACUCUUUACUAUAUACCAAAUUUUAUAACGAUUGAAGAAGAAGAAUAUCUAUUGUCAUGUGUUAAUAAUGUACCUCGUACACGUUGGGUUCAAUUGCGUAAUCGUCGUUUACAAAAUUGGGGUGGACAACCACAUGCUAAAGGAAUGAUUCAAACUGAAUCAUUACCGAAAUGGUUAGAACCAUAUACUGAACGAAUUCUUAAACUCGGAAAUCAAACAAUAUUUCCUGAUAAUAUAUUUCAAUUUAAUCAUUGUCUAGUAAAUGAAUAUGAAGCAGGUCAAGGUAUUAUGCCACAUACUGAUGGACCUGUUUAUUAUCCGAUUGUUACAACUAUUUCAUUACAAUCACAUACUGUUAUUGAAUUUUACCGUCCGAUUGAUAGUAAUAAUAAAGAGGAUGUUUCAUCAUUUUCUGAUCGUUGUGUUGCUCGAGUUCUUCUUGAACCACGUAGUUUGUUUAUGGUUAAAGAUGAUAUGUAUUCACAUUACUUGCAUGGUAUUGAAGAACGUCAAGAAGAUAUAAUUAAUCGAGAGAAUAUAACUAAUUUUGAUCGAUGUAGUGAUAACAUUAAAGAUAAAGAUGAGCAAAUAUUAAAACGUACAACAAGAAUUUCAUUAACUAUUCGAUGUAUGUUAAUACUUGGACAAUUAAUAUUUCGUCGUUCAUUAUUUACAGUAAAUCUACAAUGUCGUUCUUGUCUAUUUCGUUUAGUAGCAUCUAAAAAAGAACAAUAUCCUAUUCAGUUAUCAUCCAAAUUUCUUGCUCCUCGUACAGAAUAUUCUUUUCAAUGUAAAUCACUCUCAUCGAUAUCAUCCGACCAACAAAAAUCUGAUCGUGUAUGGACAAUACCAAAUAUUCUUACAUUUGCUCGUAUUGGUAUAUCACCAAUACUUGGUUAUUUAAUUAUAAAUCAUCAUUAUUCAAUAUCAUUAUCACUUUUUAUAAUAUCAGGUUUAACUGAUUUAAUUGAUGGAUGGAUUGCACGUCGUUAUCCAUCACAAUCAUCUGCAUUAGGUUCAUUUCUUGAUCCAUUUGCUGAUAAAAUGCUUGUCGGUUUUAUUGUUAUAUCACUUGCUUAUGUUAAUCUUAUACCUUUAUGGCUUCUUGCUUUAAUAUUAAGUCGUGAUGUUGCGAUAAUGUGUGCUGCAGGUUAUCUUCGAGUUAAAUCUGUUCCACCACCAAGAACAUUAAAGAAAAUUUUAAAUAUGAAAAAUGCUACUGUACAACUUUAUCCAACAUUUGUUAGUAAAGUAAACACAGGUGUUCAAAUUGGUCUGUUAGCUUUAUGUAUAGCAGCACCAAUCUUCGAUUAUCAUAACACUGGUUGGAUGUCCGUAAUUUACAUGUUAUCUGCACUUUCAACAGGAGUAUCAUGGCUUUCCUAUGUUGGCAAAAGUGGUCGAUCAACAUUUAAAAUGCUUUCGCAACAAACAAAAUUUCCUCCUCCUCCUUCUUCUUCUUUAUAA